UGCCAAAUUCUCAUUUGUUUGGAAAUGCCUGUGGUGGAAAAGCAACUCUUCCAUUGCCACAGAUAAUGGGUCAAAGUUUAAAUGUCUGAUGUGCUUUUCCAAAAAUUAUCCCAAACUAAGUGAAUUAACUUUGUUUGAAGACACUACGCAGUGCUUAAAUAUGGCUCAACACUCGAUUGACCCAAUUUAAGGGAGUAAGGAAGGAGAAAUGUUGGAAUGUGAUUGUAAACACCAGUUGAUUGGCACACCCUCUGUGCCACUGUGGAGCAAUAACUGGAUCGUUUGUAAAACUUUGACCCAUAUGUGUCAUUUACCUACUUGUUGGAAUCUGAACUCAUGAAAACUGGUCAGAAUCUACAGAGAGUGAGAAAAGGCUUAGAGUGGACCCGAAGCUCUAAACUUAUAAGAUUAACUGAAAAGUUAGACUUUUGUGAAAGCUGAAAAUGGAAUAUGCAAAGAAAUCUCUCAGCUUCUUCUCUCCCAGUUCAAUCUCCAGGUGUGUUUCAGCUAGUGCAUCAGCAACAUCACAACUAUUAAACGGUACUCCACAGCAAAGACCAUUUCGAGUGUGCAACUGGGAUCGGAGCCUCAAGAAGGGCAUCAUGGCGACAGGUCUUAGGGAUUUAAUGGACAAGGUUCAAGAUUCGUUACAUACAACAUCUAGCGCCUCACUGCUACUGGAAGAAGAUGGGACAUGCAUUGAAACGGAAGAGUUCUUUCAGACUGUACUUGAUAAUACACUCUUGAUGGUGCUUGAGAAAGGACAGAAAUGGACACCAUCAGAGAACAGUGGCUUUCACCUUGGAUUCACUGAUAAAUUACGCCGAAGAAAAGAUGUUGCCAGAAUAACCUUUGACCUCUACAAAGAAAAUCCUCAGGAUUUUAUUGGUUGCCUAAGUGUGAAAGCAACACUGUAUGGUUCGUAUUCCCUAUCAUAUGAUGUCCAGUGUGUGGGAGCAAAGAAAAUAAUGAGGGAAGCCUUGCGUUUGACAAUGUUCACAAUGCAAGCUACAGGCCAUGUGCUACUUGGAACUUCAUAUUAUAUGCAGCAUCUACUGGAUGAGGAUGAAACACAGGCAGCAGUCAAACCUCUCUGUGCACUUGAAUGAACUGUUUGCCAUACCUACUUAUUUUUCCUUACAAAUGAACUUUUAACCACAGCUUAUGUUUGCUACAUGUCUGUAGCAACAGCAUGAAGUUGUCCUGAAAGUUUGUCAUUGCAAUGUGUUUAUGGUCAAUUUGUGCAUGAGUAGAUAAUAACAUCUGGGUUGAUAUGGUAUAAAAGUGAAAAAUGCUGUAAAUUACUUGCAUCUGCUACUUUCAGGGUAUUUUACUCUAAUGAACUUGAAUGUAACUGCGUUAUUGCAGCAAACCUGAACAAGAGACUAUACUCAUGCAGGAUAAUACUGUAGUGGUUGGAGGACAACUCGAGUGUUGUGGAAUAAUUAAUUGCAAUACUGUAGGCUGCAAUGUUCACCAAACAAAGUUACCACUUGUUUUCUGCAAGAUAUAGAUACACCACCUAAUGAGUGGGCUAUUAAUCACCUUCAGGGGCUAAUUUUAUUGUUAUACCCUCUGUAAGCAGUGACAUUUUAAAGUGCCCACUCCUUCUACAAUGCCUACAUCUAUAGUAAAAGUAAACUUGUGUUGUUUAGCACGAUAAAUCAUCUUGAGGAUGGUCCAGCAAAACAGCACAUCAGUAAAGCCUGCAGACCGUAUUAAUUUUGUUUGUUCUUCCCUGUCCCCACCUUUUUUUUUAAACCUGCAAUGGCAAUGAUUCAGCUACACUCUAAAAUGAGAAUGGCUAAAUGACUAUUUAUGACUAAAUUACUUAAUUUAUUCUUGACUGCAAAGUGGAGAUAUCACCAAUUGACAGACUACAAGAGUUAUCCAAACUAUUUUCCCCAUAAGUCCUUUUGAGGUUUAUAUUAUAGAGAUAACUGAAAACUAAAUAUAAACUGGCUACAUCAGGGACCUGUCUCCCUUUUUGUUUUGAGGAAGUAAUGCAAUAAACAUAAAUAACUAGAAAGAUUUGAUUUUGGUGAAAU